AGCCUGUCAGUCCUGCAAAGGCUUCUGAGGUUAUCUGGUUCAACAUGUUACGUGUGGUAAAACUGAGGCUCAGGAGUUCAAAUGGGCUUAUGCAAGGUCAUACGGGGAACUAGAGGCCCCAGACCUCCAGCCUGGGCCUUAGCCAUCUGGCCAAUAGCCCACAGUCCCCAGGCCAGGCUGCCACAAGGGCAAGGAGGUGGAAAGGAAUUGCAACUAGAAUUUAUGGUGUAUAUACAUGUUAGAUGCUAACUGCAAUGAGGCCUUGAAUGCCGAGUUGCUCACAGACCCACCCAGCAGCAGCUCGGCCUGGGAGUGACAGGUGAGAGGGAGCAAAGGGCAGCUGGGGUGGGCAUGGAGCUGGCUGGGUGUGUCUCAGGCCUCUCCCUCUCAUGUCUAGGCCUCACCUAUCAGCGCUUCCUUCCUGGGCAGGGCUGAGGAUUCACUCACUGCCCACGGCCGGCCGGGCAGGGACAGGAGAAUGAGAGGCCUCCGCUGGCGUUACACUCGGCUGCCCACCCAGGUGGAGGACACCCUGUCUGGGGAGGAGGGUAACGAGGAGGAAGAGGAGGAGGAGGCAGCUCCAGACCCAGCUGCUGCUCCUGAGGAUCCCAUGGUGCCCCAGCUGACAGAAGCCAGCCAAGUUUUGAGUGCCUCAGAUAUUAGGCAGCUCAGCUUUCACUUCCCACCAAGAGUCACCGGCCAUCCCUGGAGUCUGGUCUUCUGCACGUCGAGGGAUGGUUUCAGCCUGCAGAGCCUGUACCGGCGGAUGGAGGGCUGCAGCGGGCCAGUGCUGCUGGCGCUCAGGGACCAGGACGGGCAGAUAUUUGGAGCCUUCUCCUCCUCGGCUAUCCAACUCAGCAAAGGCUUCUAUGGUACCGGCGAGACAUUCCUCUUCUCCUUCUCACCACAGCUGAAGGUCUUUAAGUGGACUGGAAGCAACUCUUUCUUUGUGAAGGGAGACUUGGAUUCACUGAUGAUGGGCAGUGGCAGUGGCCGGUUUGGGCUAUGGUUGGAUGGAGACUUGUUUCACGGGGGAAGCUCCCCUUGCGCAACCUUUAACAACGAGGUGCUGGCCCGGCGGGAGCAGUUCUGCGUCCAGGAGCUGGAGGCCUGGCUUCUCAGCUGACGGCCCUGCGGCAACAGGUACUCAGCUCUGCUCAUGAUUGGAGGCCUGGCUUCUCAGCUGACAGCCCUGCGGCAACAGGUACUCAGCCCUGCUCACGAUGCCACCAAGGCCUUCCUGACACACAGCAGCCUGUGCUGUUCGAAACACAGAUGCUGAAGGGCCCUAGAGUUGGCUGAGGCUGCUGGCCAGCCUCCUUGUGGCCUGGGAACCCAAGAUACAGGUGGGGGCAGGCACUGCUGUUUUGCAGAGGUGACUGAAGGAUUAAAAGAUGCUUACACCUUACCCAAGCAGCACUGAGACCCUAAGCUAACAGGACCUUAGAAAACUAAGAAAAAUCCGCAUCCCUUCCCAUGCUAGUGCCUGCCUCCGGGCAAAGGGAAGACCUUUCACUAUGCUGUUCCCCGCCAGCUACUGAAUGAGGAAAACCAGCCUCAUGAACAUUAUCAUUUUAGAGGUUCUACAACGAAUUCAUGUUUAUAGUAGAAAAACCAGAAGACAUUAAAAAAAAUGAAAAUUACCUAAAAUUCAACCCCCCCAACUCUAACAUUUUCAUGUAUAUCCUUCCAGACAAUGUUCCAUGAAUAUGUAUGUGUGUGUAUUCUUACAGAAACAGGAUUCUACUCUGUAUGUGUGGAAAUGAUUUUAACUUACAGAAUAUUGUCCAACCUUAGAAACCCAGGCUUGAGCACUGGAACUAAUAAAGACUCUAGCAGCAUCAUUCCUCCUCUGGCCUGCUGCAGAACGUUGAGGCCCUUUUGUCUGCCACCAGUGCCAGGUUCUUGUGAAUCUGCUAUUUAAUUGCACGAGGAAGGUAUGAAAGGAGCAAAUGAGUAAUAUGCAUAUUCAGACAAAGAGGUCGAAAGCUUUGUGGAACACAACUUUCAAGAUGGAGAUACAUUCACGAAGCUUUAUUGCAGCUGUUUCCCUUACCCAGUUGAAGUGGCCAGUCAUUUUAAUUUGCAGUUCUAUUUACAUUCCCAGGGUAACCAUGUUCAGUAACUCUCUAGAGGCUAAGCUGUUAAAAUUUCCAUUUUUAUACAAAUAGCGAAGAUGUUUCUUUCCUUCUUUUUUUUUUUGUUUGAGACAGAGUUUUGUUCUUGACUCCCAGGCUGGAGUGCAGUAGCGAUCUUGGCUUACUGCACACUCCACCUCCCCGGUUCAAACGAUUCUCCUGCCUCGGCCUCCCGAGUAGCUGGGAUUACAAGCACACACCACCACAAUUUCGCCUGGCUAAUUUCUGUAUUUUUAGCAGAGACUGGGUUUCGCCAUGUUGGCCAGGCUGGUCUCGAACUCUUUACCUCAAGUGAUCCGCCCACCUCGGCAUCCCAACGUGCUGGGAUUACAGGUGUGAGCCACUUCACCUGGCCAAGAUGUUUCUUAAGGAAAAUGUAACCUUGUAAAUGGUGCAGAGUUAUCAUAAUGAAAACAGUUGCAAAGAACAUAAAGUACAGCUGCCUUACAUGUAACAAAAGAUGCAAACAAAAUCCAUUCAAGUUGUUUCACAGACAGCACAGUGACACAGUAUUAGGACUACAGAAUCUCAGAGUAAAUCACAAUGAUUUAAAGGUAAGAUAUACAG